GGCGCAGGCGGUGGCGCUCCUCGCGCACCUGGCCGCCGUGGGGGACCCCCCCGCGGAGGAGCUCGUGGCGCUGGGCGCCGCCCCGGCGCUGGUGGCGCUGCUGCGCGACGAGGACGGCGCCGUCGUGGACAGCGCCCUGGCCGCGGUGCCGAAGGUGUGCGCGGCCGCGUCGUUCCGCGCGGCGCUGCUCAGCUGCAUGUGCGGGGCCGCGCUGGUCCAGCUCCUCGCGCACCAGAGUGCCGAGGUCGUGGACAAGGCCGUGGCGGCGUUGGCGAACCUGGCGCUCGACGGGGAGGCGGCGGUGGAGGUCUUGAUGAAGCAGGGCGCCGGCAACGCACGGCAUCUGUCCAAGCUGCUCCACGAGGGCAGCGUCGGCUCCCAGCAGACGGCCGCGCUGGCGCUCCGGCUCUUCCAGGGGGGCGGGCCCGCGGUGGAGUUCGUGGUGCCCUCCCGGGCGGCCGCCCUCGCGCCGAUGGAGAUGCACUCGAAGCAGCACGACGAGAACGAGAUCGUCAGGCGGCUGCUGUGGAUGCAGUGCCGCCAGGUGGGGAACGAGGCGGACGAGACCCUGCAGCGCGACCUGGCGCUCGUGGCGUCGGAGGCGAGGGCCUUGGUGGGGCCAGACGUGGUCGAUGCGCUCAUGGAGGUCGCCAUGAACCAGAUGCAGUGCUGCCGGCUGACGCGGUAUGCUGAUCGGAAGCACCCAGUCGUUUUCAUAUCGAAUUGCGUGACGCUGCCGAAGACGAGGGCCAAGAAGUUCGCCGACGAGGCGAAGGCGAUCUUCGACGACCGGCUGGCCCCGCUGGUCGGGGACAGGGAGACCAGCGAGAGGGGCAGGGCGAUCUGGACUGUCAUCCUCUCCACCGCCUGGAGCGAGCAGAACAACCGCGACGACUGCGCGGCGACGUCGGAGUACGUCCGAAACACCAGGCGGCGGAGUCCGACUACCGCGUGA